AUGGGAGCCAAAACUCACGUUGGUGUUGUGGGCUCGGGAAUUUCAGGCUUACGCUGUGCCGAUAUCCUCAUUCAGAAUGGGGCCCGGGUGACUAUUCUUGAGGCGAGAGAUCGGAUUGGUGGAAGGGUACAUCAAAAUGGUCUUGCGGGUCAUUUGGUAGAUCUGGGGCCUAAUUGGAUUCAUGGCACGGGAGAAAAUCCAAUCAUGUCCAUCGCUGAGGCAACUCAGACUGUGGCCCAUGAUCCAGAAGGGAGAAACAUUUCGAUCUCCUGCGACGGACAACUAGUCAACGAAGAAAGAGCUACCAAGUCGGCAGAGUUUGUCUGGACAACUAUCGAAGAAGCCUUCGAGUAUAGCAAUCAACAUGGGGACAGCAUUCCACCGGAACGGAGCCUAUUCGACUUCAUCCAGGAGAAAUUGGAGAAAACCAACUUUUCUGAUGAAGAUAAAAGACUCUGUUUGGAUUCUUGCAAGCUCUGGGGUGCUUACGUUGGGGAUCCUAUUGAAAGACAAAGUCUCAAGUUUUUCCGAUUAGAAGAAUGUAUCGACGGGAACAAUUAUUUUGUGGCAUCGACCUACCAGCGCAUCUUGCAACAUGUUGCCAAAACAGCACUAGCCCAAGCCGAUAUUCGCUUCAAGCAACCCGUCAUCAAAAUCGAAACACCACCUAAUGAUGAGCAGGAACCGAGUCGGCAUCAAGUUAUUGUAACUACAGCUUCGGGGGAGAUUCACACCUUUGAUCAAUUGGUUAUUACUUGUCCCCUCGGCUGGCUAAAACGCAAUACGGAAUCCUUCAAUCCACAGCUCCCAGCCCGUUUCCUCCAGGCAAUCAACAACAUCUCCUUCGGCCGUCUGGAGAAAAUAUUCGUCAAAUUCCCCAACGCUUUCUGGCAUAGCGAGUCAGAGUCAACGCAAACAACACAGGCGAACAAUGCCCAAUCCACUAACCCCGUCUUCGCUCAAUUCCUCGAACCAACAUAUACAUCCCAUCCAAAAGAUAUCCAAUGGAAUCAAGAAUGUCUCUCACUAGCGAACCUCCCAAGCCCCUGCGCCCAACCAAUCCUCCUGUUCUACACCUACGGACCCUGCGGCACAAACAUCGUUAACCAAAUCGCCGACCUGGACGAAAACUCGUCAGAAUACAAACAGAUCCUGACGGAUAUCCUGAAACCCUUCUACUCAAAGCUUCCGGGGUAUGAUCCCUCCUCGCCUUCCUGCAAGCCGAGUUCUGUACUCGCUACGCGCUGGCAAUUGGAUCCCUACGCGGGGAAUGGCUCGUAUUGUAAUUUCCAGGUUGGACUGGUAGCUGGUGAUAAAGAUAUCGAGGUCUUGCGCUCCGGGGAUGGAAUCGGUGCUGAGCGUGGUAUUUGGUUUGCCGGGGAGCAUACGGCGCCGUUUGUGGCGUUGGGGACGACGACUGGUGCUUAUUGGAGUGGGGAACGGGCUGCUGCUCAGGUUUGUGAAAGGAUUGGAUUGAGGAGCGUUGGGGUUGGAAGUUCGAGGGAUGAUUCCUUGCCUUCGGCUGGUAGGAAGUGA